AUGACGUCGGGCGACGUGGGUGGUGGUGGCGGUGUGCGUGAGCUCGGCACCGUGACGGCAGGUAUGGCCAUGAUGAACUUUGAUGAAAAGACGCGGCCGUACACGCGUGCCGACUUUUUGAACUUUCUGCAGAACUACGAGAAUAAUUUGAGCCUGUCGGAGAUUCGCCUCAUUGAAAAGGGUAUGCUUGGCACCUUUGUGGGGAUGCCGCUUGGAUUCUUUCUCGGAUACAAGCUCAGUUCACGUCUUGCCUGGCACCGCAUCGUUCGUGUAUUUGCCACGAUCGACGGCAAGGAAGCUGCAGGCAAGCCGUCGUGGAUAGUGCGCAACAUCCCACGCAUCGGAAAGACGCUGUUUGGCCUGACAGCGGCGACGAUUCCGUACAUGGUGGCGCAGCAGUGGUUUAUCUCACGGGUGCUGGAGCUUGACGAGCACGAGAGCAACCUAUCUUUUCACGUGCGGCGCCUCAUGAUCACGCAGCGCAGCGGGAUGAUGUUCAAACGUACAGCCACGCGCGAGGUGACGCGCGAGGAGCAGGAGCAACUUCUGCAAAAUGCUACCGAGCAAAUGGAGGAGAACCGUAUGGGUCGUAGGGGUGGUGCACCCGCAGGGACGAUGGACGUCAAUCUGCGCCUAGGGCAGCAGGUGAUGACGCCCGUGGCGCAAAGCGGCUAUAAGCCCAUGCCGGGCCAGUCAUCGUCGUGA